GUCAUGGUUGAAAAAGUUCGAAGCAAGUUCUUAAUUCAGUUUUUAGUCCACAAUCGAAAGGUGUUUCCAGCAUAAAAAUUAUAUUAAAAAAAGUAAUAAAUUUACUAGGACAUUGCACAAUGUCCAUCAAUUGAAGUGGAUACAAAUAUCUAUGGCACUACAAUGCAUGAUCCAGCCAAAAAUGUGGCUAGGCCUUAAGCAGAUUUUGCUUUAUGUGGGUCUGCUGCUCUGCGUUGUUCUCCAGGUCUGUCGCAGCAAGACCCAACUGCAGCUCAAUUGUCCCAGCGUUUGUCAGUGUGAUUUAUAUGCACAGCGAAAUCGAGCCAUUUGUAGCGCUAAACGUUUGAUAAGCGCCAACAUUGAAAUGCCCAAAACAGUGGAGCUUUUGGACUUGAGUUAUAAUGAUAUCACCAACAUUGACGUGGAUUCUUUUGAGAUCACAGUGCAUCUUAUCAAUCUCACGCUGGCCCACAAUGCGAUCCACACGUUGCACGUGGAUGCGUUUGCUCAACUGCGACGAUUGCGCUCUUUGGAUCUCUCCUACAAUCGGCUGGAGCAGGUGGAUGAACAUUUGUUCGAAUCGAACUCACAGCUCUUGCACCUCAAUCUGGAGGGCAAUAAGCUGGCCACUCUGCAAAACUCUCCACUGCUCCGCAGCAGAUCGCUGCGCACCCUCAAUCUACGCAAUGCACAGAUCAAUCAGCUGGGCGUAAGUUUGCUCAGUGCUCUACCACAGUUGCGACAAUUGGAUCUGGCACAGAAUAUGCUGCUGACACUCAGUAUCAAUGUGUUUCAUGCUCCACGCUAUUUGGCCUCUCUUAACCUGGAAGAGAAUCCACUUAACUGCGAUCGAGCACUGAUUAAGGUCGCCACUUGGCUCAGCUUGCGAGGCGUCGCCGUCAGCAUGAGCGAUUGCUUGGAGGAGAGGCUGGAGUCACGUCCACUCGAUGUGGAGGUUGAGGACACCGCUGUCGAGCCACUUAAGAUGGAAAGCAUGAAGCACUUAGAUGCGAGUAGCAGCAGCAGCAAUGAUGCUCCCAAAUCUGUCUCGACUGUGUGGCGAGAGCUACCCGAUGAUUCAGAAGAGCAACAGCUGGAUGAGGAGAAGCAACAACAGAAUUUAGACCAGGAAGAAGAGGAGGAGCUAUCAACACUUAUCGACGUUUGUGAAGGUAAUCGCGAACAGCUUUGUCUGCGCUACCGCAAUUGCCUGGAGCGUGUCAGUCACGAGUUGCUCGCUGGCGGAGCUGUUCAGCCGCCAGACCAGGUGCAAAGCACGCACAUCUUUGACGAGGACGAUGUCAAGCUGGCAUUUGCAGUGGGAGGCGCCACUGGCAUCUGUAUGGUCAUAUUCAUAAUCAGCUUUGCACUCUGUGUGAAAAGCGGCUGCGACGUCCGAAAGAAACGGCAACAAACUGCGCAGAGCAACACUUCCACACUGGACUCGUCGGAACAGCAACUGCCCACGAUUCACACUUGGUCGCCUCCGCGCACUCGCAAUCCGCGUCGCUCUAAUCCGCGUUACCGGAACGUUCCUUCGCGGGCUCUGGUGCGGCAGCCUUAUGGGCCCGAGGAUAAUUUUGUCUCGCGUCUGUUUGGGCGCCCGGCAAGGCAUCAGUACUAUCGCACAAUUAACCAGAAUACAGCAACGCUCAUUCGACGCCUGAGCCGCAGUAAUCUGUUCAGCAAUCGCGAUCGGGAGCCAAGUAGCCCAGAAACUCCACCAGCGGCAACUACUAGAUUCUACACGGACGUUGUGGAGAGAGGAGCAGCACGCCCGGAAACGCCUCCGCCCAAUUACGGCGAUGUGGUGGUCAUCGAGCAUUGUGAUAACAAUAGAUAGUGAGCCAUCUACGCUCCCUUAGAUAACGAAAAGAGGCAGCAGCCAAUAAAUCUUUAAGCGCGAUUUAGGGCAACGUCCUUAUAGUUAGCUCUAACAUUUUUUUCAUUACACACCAAAAUAUCAA